CACUGGCUGAACUCCCCGCCUGUCUCUCCAGAUCUCGCGCUCUUGAAAGUCCUGUCUAAAAUGAAGAAGUUUAAUUUCCGAAAAGUUUUGGAUGGCUUAACUGCCUCUUCCCCUGGCAGUGGGAGCAGCAGCGGCGGUAACAGUGGCGGGGCUGGAGGUGGCUCCGCACAUCCAGGAGGGACUGCAGGGGUUCUGAGAGAGGAAAUUCAGGAAAGCCUGACUUCAGACUAUUUCCAGAUUUGCAAGACAGUUCGGCAUGGUUUUCCUUAUCAGCCCACAGCACUGGCCUUUGAUCCAGUCCAGAAAAUCUUGGCUAUUGGAACAAGAACAGGUGCUAUACGAAUACUUGGGAGGCCUGGUGUUGACUGUUACUGCCAGCACGAGAGUGGUGCGGCGGUCUUGCAGCUUCAAUUCCUGAUCAAUGAGGGCGCUUUGGUUAGUGCAAGUUCAGAUGAUACGCUUCAUUUGUGGAAUCUGAGACAGAAAAGGCCAGCCAUCCUUCAUUCUCUGAAGUUUAACAGAGAACGAAUUACUUACUGUCAUCUACCUUUCCAGAGUAAAUGGCUCUAUGUUGGAACAGAAAGAGGAAAUACACAUAUUGUAAAUAUUGAAUCUUUCAUUCUUUCUGGAUAUGUCAUCAUGUGGAACAAGGCAAUUGAACUAUCCACGAAGACUCACCCAGGCCCAGUUGUACAUUUAAGUGAUAGCCCAAGAGAUGAAGGAAAACUGUUAAUAGGUUAUGAAAAUGGUACUGUAGUAUUCUGGGACUUGAAAUCUAAGCGAGCAGAGCUGAGAGUUUAUUACGAUGAGGCUAUUCAUUCAAUUGAUUGGCAUCACGAGGGCAAACAAUUCAUGUGCAGCCAUUCAGAUGGUAGCUUGACUUUAUGGAACCUGAAAAGCCCAAAUCGCCCUUUCCAAACCACAGUUCCACAUGGAAAAAGUCAAAGAGAAGGACGAAAGUCUGAGUCUUGUAAACCAAUUCUUAAAGUAGAGUACAAAACCUGCAGGAACAGUGAACCAUUUAUAAUAUUCUCUGGUGGGCUGUCAUAUGACAAAGCUUGCAGAAGACCGAGUUUAACCAUCAUGCAUGGAAAAGCAAUUACAGUACUUGAGAUGGAUCAUCCCAUUGUUGAAUUUCUAACUUUAUGUGAAACACCUUAUCCAAACGAAUUUCAAGAACCCUAUGCUGUUGCUGUGCUUCUAGAGAAAGAUCUCAUCGUAGUUGAUCUGACACAGACCAAUUUUCCAAUCUUUGAGAAUCCAUACCCAAUGGACAUUCAUGAGUCACCAGUUACAUGCACAGCAUAUUUUGCCGAUUGCCCUCCAGAUUUGAUUCUAGUACUCUAUUCUAUAGGAGUCAAGCACAAAAAACAAGGAUACAGUAACAAGGAAUGGCCAGUCAGUGGAGGAGCUUGGAAUCUUGGAGCACAAACUUAUCCAGAAAUUAUUAUUACUGGUCAUGCUGAUGGAUCAAUAAAAUUUUGGGAUGCUUCAGCAAUGACACUACAGAUGUUGUACAAGCUAAAAACUUCAAAAGUAUUUGAAAAGCAGAAGGUGGGAGAUGGCAAGCAAACAUGUGAGAUAGUAGAGGAAGAUCCAUUUGCUGUCCAGAUGAUUUACUGGUGUCCAGAGAGCAGAAUAUUCUGUGUAUCGGGAGUCUCUGCAUAUGUCAUAAUUUAUAAAUUCAGCAGGCAUGAAAUUACAACAGAAAUAGCGUCAUUAGAGGUACGACUUCAGUGUGACGUUGAAGACAUCAUUACCCCAGAGCCAGAAACAAGUCCUCCAUUUCCAGAUCUCUCCUCUCAACUUCCGUCUUCAAGGAGUCUUUCCGGAAGCACUAAUACUGUGUCUAGUGAAGGACCGACAAAGGACAGUAUCCCGUGCCUCAGUGUCAAAACACGGCCAGUGCGAAUGCCCCCGGGCUACCAAGCAGAUCUAGUUAUUCAGUUGGUGUGGGUAGAUGGGGAGCCGCCUCAGCAGAUAACCAGCCUUGCUGUAAGCUCAGCAUAUGGAAUAGUUGCGUUUGGAAAUUGCACUGGGUUGGUUGUGGUGGAUUUCCUACAGAAGACAGUACUGUUAAGCAUGGGGACCAUUGACCUCUAUAGAUCAAGUGACCUGUACCAGCGACAGCCCCGAUCUCCUCGAAAAAACAAGCAGUUCAUUGCAGGCCUAACAGAGCUGAAUGAUAGUCCAGUUCCCCUGGAACUUGAGCGCUGCAAGUCUCCCACUUCAGGACUUGCUACCAGAACUCCUGAGGCAGCACCAGGCUUUUAUAGGAAUGAGAUACCUGCUGUGAGACAGAGGAAUCAAGUACACCACUUGCCAGACCAUGUAAAUGGACACUGCACAAGUCCAACUUCUCAGAGUUGCAGUUCUGGAAAACGUCUUUCCAGUGCUGAUGUUUCAAAAGUAAAUCGCUGGGGUCCUGGACGACCACCAUUUAGAAAGGCACAGUCAGCUGCUUGCAUGGAGAUUUCUUUACCAGUUACAACUGAAGAAGCCCGAGAGAAUUCCUACAGUCGCUCCAGGAGCUCCAGCCUCUCCAGCAUUGACAAAGAUUCUAAAGAGGCGAUCACGGCUUUACACUUCAUGGAAUCCUUCGCGCGGAAAAACGACUCUACCGUUUCCCCGUGUCUGUUUGUUGGAACUAGUCUGGGAAUGGUGUUAAUCAUCUCCCUAAAUCUGCCACCAUCAGAUGAACAGAGGUUUACGGAGCCAGUGAUGGUAUUGCCAAGUGGUACAUUCCUAUCGUUGAAAGGAGCUGUGCUAACGUUCUCCUGCAUGGACAGAACUGGCAGUUUAAUGCAGCCCCCGUAUGAAGUGUGGAGGGAUCCAAACAACACAGAUGACAGCGAAAAGACAGGGAAAAGGAAACUGGUCAUGAACUACUCUUCUUCAUCCCAAGAAAUGGGCGACCAUCAGUACACGAUCAUCUGCUCAGAAAAACAAGCCAAAGUCUUCUCACUGCCUUCUCAGACCUGCCUUUACGUCCACAACAUCACAGAGACGUCGUUCAUAUUGCAAGCAGAUGUGGUGGUCAUGUGCAGCGGUGCCUGCUUGGCCUGCUUCUGCGCGAACGGGCAUAUCAUGAUAAUGAGCUUGCCCAGUCUUCGCCCAAUGUUGGAUGUUAAUUAUUUGCCACUGACAGACAUGAGAAUAGCACGGACAUUUUGUUUUACUAAUGAAGGACAGGCAUUAUACCUUGUCUCUCCUACUGAAAUUCAACGGUUAACAUAUAGCCAAGAAAUGUGUGAUAAUAUUCAGGACAUGGUAGGCGAUUUGUUUACUCCCAUAGAGACACCAGAAGCUCAAAACAGAGGUUUUCUCAAGGGACUAUUUGGUGGAAGUGGACAGACAUUUGACAGAGAAGAACUCUUUGGGGAAGCUUCAGCAGGAAAAGCAUCGCGCAGCCUUGCACAGCACAUUCCUGGACCAGGCAGUAUAGAAGGGAUGAAAGGCGCUGCUGGCGGGGUGAUGGGAGAGCUCACCCGAGCCCGAAUUGCACUUGAUGAGAGAGGACAGCGGCUGGGCGAGCUGGAAGAGAAGACUGCUGGCAUGAUGACCAGCGCAGAAGCGUUUUCCAAGCAUGCACACGAGGUAAACUGCCCACGCGAGUACAGGCAUCUCCAUGGGGCAGUCAUUAGGAAUGUUCGGGUCCUACAUAAGGAAGCCUGA